GCGGGACACGCGAGGAGCAGGGACCAUCCUUUGGGGGUUGGGUCAGGACGAGCCCUUUUCGGGGGUCUCGUCCUCACCGUCUUUGGAAACUUGGGGACCGCGGUGCCAACCCCGCGUCUCCAUCAAUCGCGGAGAGGCGAGGAGGAGGCGCCGCUCUCCAUCCAGCUGGGCGUCCCGGCGCUGCCACCGGAGGGGAAACUGAGGCAGGACUCCCUGCCCUGCGGAGCCAGCCGCCCCCGGGCCGGCGGGGAGGGAAGGAGGGACCGGCGGAGGCGGAGUAACCCAACUCAACCCAGCUCAGCUCAGAUCAGAUCAGCCCGCCCGGGCGCGCCGCUGCAGCCGCCAGCAAAACCCACCGCCGGGCCGAUGGCUCUGCCCGCCCGGCCGCCCGGCCGCAUCUCCGAGGCCGAGAUGGCUCUUUACUACCAGCUGCUGCGAAGCGCCGCCCGCGCCGAGGUUUUGGCUGGAGCCGAAUCAGCUGCCCCAUCGCGGGCCAAGGAGCUUGGAGAUGACCUGAGAAAAGGAAUUGCAUUUCUUUCUGGUGGGAGAGGAAAAGGCAAGGAGUGGAUUGUCACCUUUCCUGAAAAUCCCAGUUUUAGCCAGGUGUCCGAGGAGGUCAUCGCGAAAGUUUUAACCUACCUGGCAUGGAUCCCAAGCCAACGCAGACCAGAAAGCAAAUUUAUCCUCAUCCUGGAUAGAAGGUUAGAUACCUGGAUGUCAGUCAAGAUGGCUCUCCAAAGAAUAGCAACUUCUUUUCCUGGGAAUCUCCACCUCGUGAUGGUCCUACGUCCCACUGGGUUUUUCCAACGCACUUUUACCGACAUUGGUUUCCGGUUUAGCCAAGAGGACUUCCUUCUCAAACUUCCGGUGGUAAUGCUGAGUUCUGUCAGUGAGCUAUUGACAUACAUUGAUGAAAAGCAAUUGACACCCGAAUUCGGAGGCACCUUGGAGUAUUGCCAUAGCGAAUGGGUCAUCUUCAGAACGGCUAUAGAAAGCUUUGCGCUCACGGUGAAGGAAACCGCUCAGCUGUUGCAAUCUUUUGGCAUGGAGUUGGCCGAAACACAACUGCCGGAUGAAACUUAUUCCAUUGAGCACAUCCUGGCUCUGCGGACAGAGAAAUACUAUCAGCUAAAGGAAGACAUCACUGCAGUAACCAAAGAAGGAAAGAUGUUGUUGGGUAGUUUAGAAGAACCAGACAUGGAAGGUGUGGAAGAGGAAGAGAAACAAGAGAGAUCCAGCGACUGGGAGACUGUUCAUCGCUUACUCACCCAACUUCAUGAGAUGGAGACAGCUUUUGACGGAUUCUGGGAGAAACAUCAGCUGAAGAUGGAGCAGUACUUGCAACUGUGGAAGUUUGAGCAGAACUUCCAAGAGCUCAGUAAAGCCCUGGAAUUCUUAACGACCCAGCAGCGGGAAUUGUCGGAUACGGGAGAAAACGUCUCUCAAGUGAAGCAAAGGCUCUCGGAGUUGGAUAACUUAGAGCAAACAGCACAGGAUUUAACAGCUAAAGCUCAUGUGGUGAUUCUUCACGGACACCAAAUGGCGGCCAGCCACCAUUAUGCCCUCAACCUGAUUUGCCAGCAGUGCAACGAACUACGCCACCAUUCGGACAUCUUGCUGGAAGAGAUCAAAAGGAAAAGCAACAGGCUCCAGCAAACGUUGGACCUCCUCAAUUCUCUGCAACAGGCCCUGGAAUGUUGUGAUGAAGGUGUGUAUCUUCUAGCCAACCAGCCACUGGACAAAUGCCAGUCCCGGGAAGGGGCUCAGAAAGCUCUCCAAGACAUAGAGAAGUUCCUUGAGAGCUCUUCGCUGCAUUUAAACAUAGAUCCUCAAGCCCUAUCUUCUAAUUUUCAUCUCAUUUUAACCCCGGAACUCAGGGCUCGAAUACAGAUGGUCCAGAUUAAGUUGGAGAACGUGCGCAGCAUGUUUGAGAACCGACAGGCUUGCUUCAGAAAGCUCGCCGACAAGCAAGUCCGUCCAGUGCAGCUGGUAGCCCCCCGGCCAGAAUGCCCAGCCCGGUCUAAAUCUCCGCUGUUUUCCCCCAAACAUGGUGUGGAUUUCAAUUCCAGUUUGAAGUUUUCCUUCGAUAUCUCGCUACCGGGCAAGAAAACUUCAAGGAAAUCUCAAAAUUCCCGCAAGAUUGAAGUCGUCCACAAUUACCAAGAGAAAAGAAACUCCUUGCAGUAUUACAUCACGGAAAGUGAAGACAGCUUAGAUAUGUUGAAAAGCCACGUCAUCCACGAACUGAUACAAACCGAACGAGUGUAUGUUGAGGAACUUUUCACAGUUUUGAUGGGGUACCGAGCGGAGAUGGACAACCCCACCAUGGCCUUCCUCUUACCGCCCCUUUUGAGAAGCUAUAGAGAUGUUCUCUUUGGAAACAUGCCUGAGAUUUAUGACUUCCACAACAAUAUCUUCCUCCAUCACCUGGAGAGCUGCCUUGAAGCUCCAGAGAGAGUUGGGUGCUGCUUCUUGGAAAAGCGGGAGGAUUUUCAGAUGUAUGAGAAGUAUUGUCAGAAUAAACCCCAGUCAGAAUCUCUCUGGCGGCAAUAUGCCGAGAGCCUCUUUUUCCAGGAAUGCCAGAAGAAGCUAGAACACAAGCUCAGUCUGGAUUCGUACUUGCUCAAACCGGUGCAGAGGUUAACCAAGUACCAGCUGCUUCUCAAGGAGCUGCUGAAGUACAGCACGAGCUGUGAAGGUGUACAGGAACUGCAAGAAGCUUUAGUUGCCAUGCUGGAUUUGGUCAAGUCCGUCAAUGAUUCCAUGCAUCAGAUUUCCAUCACUGGCUACGAUGGAGACCUCGGUGAGCUUGGCAAAGUCUUGAUGCAGGGAUCCUUCAGCGUGUGGGUGGGCCACCGGAAGGGCCCGACGAAGAUGAAGGACCUGGCUCGCUUCAAGCCCAUGCAGAGGCACCUGUUCCUCUACGAGAAGGCCCUGGUCUUCUGUAAGAAAAGAGAAGAGCACUGCGACAGCUACGACAAGAGGUCGUCCUACAGCUUCAAGCACUUUCUGAAAAUGAAUGCUGUUGGGAUCACGGAAAACGUGAAGGGAGACCCUCGCAAGUUUGAGAUCUGGUACAGCGGCCGAGAAGAAGUCUACGUUGUGCAGGCGCAAACCUUUGACCUGAAGAUGGCCUGGUUAAAUGAAAUCCGAAAGAUUUUGUUCAAGCAGCAACAGCUUAUCAAAGAUGAGAAGCAAAUGUCACCUUUGUGUACUGAUACAAUUCAACUUUCUCCUCCGUUGAGUGAUGGGAAAAAGCCCAGAGCUUCUGUAAGCUCAGAGGAGAAUGAUGCUGAACGUACCAGCCCUGUAGCUGUGGAGAACUUAGCUUCCUCUUCUCAGAACAAACCUAGCAAAUCUUGGGCAGGUAUGUCCCAUUCACUAGAAAUUUGUGAAGGUCUCGAAGAGUGGUCCAGCCACCAUUACUUCUCAACCUGCUCUGACACCGAAGAAGAAGAUGGCAACCAACUGUCUCCAGGAAAAUAUAAAGCCUUAGCAGAUUGCAAGAAGAGAGACUCAGAUGAACUUCUGGUGAAGAACGGCGACGUCAUUCAGCUCAUGCAUGAAGAUGGAGAGGGUCAGUGGUUGGUCAAAAACCUCAAUCGAAGCAAAGAAGGCUGGGUGCCCACCAGCAGCCUGCAGCUAAUCCUCGGAGACUGUAGAUUUCGGAGCCCAAGAGUCACAGACGCUGCCCACGAUAGGAUGAGGAAGUUAAGCUCCCCCUGAAUUUAAAGAAUUAAGGCCCAGCCCUUUGUGAAUACUCCAGUGGAGACCCUGGAAUGGUAACUAGGAACAGAGAGGCCAAUUAGAACUUAUUCGGUGUCUGUGAUCCAAACUAAGGGACAGCACUGGGCUCAGAAGCUAAGCAGGAUCAAACCUGGUUAGUCCUUGGAUGGGAGAAUAUCAAGGGGCUAGGCUAGAGGGGAAGUUGGAAAACCUUCCAGAAGAAGACAAUGGCAAUGUUUUUGAGGAAGCUCUAUGGACGUAUCUCUGUAAGCAUCACAAGUUGGCCUCAACUUGAAAGAAACUUUUUACCUUUUUAAUCAUCAAAAACAUCACAUCCUCAUCCAGUGGGACCAUGACUGGGAGCCAUUCUUUCCUCUUCUUUUUCAUUUUCCUUCCUUCCCCUACUUCUGGAAAAGCUCCAUUGUUUUUGACCCAAGGAGGAGACCUCAUCUGUACAGGAUCUCCCGAGUUUCCUCUGAGAAGGCAUUUGACGGUUCCGUGGUUUUGGGAAAGGUUGUAGGAUGAGCUUCCAGUUUUUCCAGCCACCCUUUGCUGGGAUUCUCUGGUCUUGGCUAAGAUCUUGUGGGGGAGUCUUAAGGAAGCCAACUUCAGUAGGUUUUGCAGGAACUUGGAGAUCUGUAAAAUGUCCUUCUGGCUUUGCUAUCAAGAGUCUAAAGAAUCUGGGUUGUGUUUCAAGACUUGGUCAACUGGCAGCUCCAGAUUGUAGACAACUCAGUGUGGAUUCCUCUCCACUGGCCAAGCCAAGGGUCUAGCAAAGUUUGCACAGGAAUUUUUAAGGGGAUAUUUGGGGGGGGGAACAUAUGUGCCAUAACUAAGUCCAGGAUUGUUUUGCACUAUAUGUAUUAAGAUUGUCCUUGUUAGUAGUGAGACUAUAUGUUUCUGGCUCUUUAAGAAGCCACUUGUACUUAGGCAAGGAUCGAAUGCUUUUUAAAAGGCGCUUUCCAGCAUUUAUUUUUUUUUUUUUUUGUAGGCUCAGGUAAUUCAAUGUCUAUAGACAACGGUUACAAAUUUAAGCUCCCAAAGCAUUUCUAACCACAGGGUAACUAUUGGGACAGGCUACUCACAACCACUCAGGGCAGUGAACGGUGUACAUAAACCAAAAAAAUAAAAAAAUAAAAAUUCACUGUCAAUGUAAGUUGUCAUCGAUCUGUUUUCUUUGACGUUUUCUUUCUCAUCCAGGUUUGGGACAGGGUUAGUAGAUAUUUUUUUGUUUAAAAAGCCCAGAUUUCAGCUGGACCUCUGAAAAUGUUGCUGUACCAUUUUUUUUCUUUCUUCUCUUAAUCUCCAUUUAUGCACACUUUCCUAGUUGCUGAAGAUCACGCUGUUGCUGCUGCUGGAAUUCCUUGCAAGAAUUCCUAAACAAGCCAUUUUCACCCUUUUUCCCCUUGUGUGUAAAACGCCGUUGAAAUCGCGGUACUACACUUUUAAAACGAGGAUGUGUUCAUUGCGGUGGGGCGGCCUGGAUAACCCAAAUAAAGGUUAUUUUUUAAAAGGGUUCAUUCCCAUGUGUACAGCACAGCGCGAAUCUUUUUAACUUUUGUCUACCAGGUUCUAAACCGUACGUGCUUCGGUUUACCUACGUAGCAAGUCUGAAUCUCAUGUUUUAGGCUGCGGCCAGAAAUUCACCGCAUAUAGGAUUGCACUUCUAAACUUCGAAAACUUUGCACAAACCAUCGAGGGCCUCUUAAAAAUAGGCUGGUGUUAAAAACAUCGAUGUAGCCCCGAGCUGUGGACUAUUUAUGCCUUCCCUGUCCCAA